UUGGCCGUGGGGAGCGAGAGCGGGCGGACGGAGAGGAUGCUGAGGCCUGCCGGCCCCACCGCUCAUCCAUUCUUUCCCCGGAGCUCUUAGGCCGGCGCGGGCCAUGGCUGCGCCCAUCGCGCAUUCCGACGACGACUGGCCGAGUUUGGGUGGUGUGAACGCGGUUUCGGAGCAGGGGCUGGUGCCGCGGAAGGGCCGUGCAGCCGCGGAGGAAGCGGCACCGCGGCUCCUCCGGGAUGAGCACGAUCUCCCCGAGCUGCGCGACAGCAGCGGCUCCCCGCCGGGGGGGCCCGCCGCUUUCGGGUCCACGGAGGACCCGGCAGGCGAUCUUGACGAGAGGCUGUCCGCGUGCUUCCGGAAUUUUGGCGGCCGGACGGAAAGCAUCGCUCCGGGGAGCGUGAUCGCAGAGGACACGCUGCUGGAGAAAGACGAAAUCUGGAACACUUUGACCGGUAACUACGGGCACGUGAUGCCGGUGGAUUGGAGACAGUCUCGAACGCGCUCCCUCCACAUCCCAACGUUCAACCUGGGGGAGAAACCCAGGAAGACUGAUGUCACGGCGGAGCUGUCGGACGACGAGGAGCUGAGGGAGCAGCUGGACAUGCACUCCAUCAUUGUCUCCUGCCUCGCAGAGGAGCCCCUUUUCACAGCCGAGCAGGUUAUUGAGGAGAUAGAGGAGAUGAUGCAGGACUCGCCCGACACGGAGGCAGAGCACAAUCCCUGUCAGUCGGACCUCCCGAUGCUCUCACCGGAGGUCCAGCCGUCCACCAGCAGCCCCAGCUAUGAGGAGAGGGUGAGGAUCCUGAGUGUUGCGGAGCUGAAUGAAUGCCUGGAGGAGACAGAGACGAACAUCAGGAGGUUCUCAGAGGAGCUGGUGCAGCAGUUGGCUCUCAGGGACGAGCUGGACUUUGAGAAAGAGGUGAAGAACAGUUUCAUCUCAGCGCUCAUUGACGUACAGAACCGGCAGAAGGAGCACCGUGAGCUGCUGAAGAAGAAGAAGAGGCUUAAAGGUGGAGCUGGGACGUCGCAGGUACACGCUGAGAAAACACUCGGAUCACGCUUCAGCAUGGAGGGACUCUCCUCUGUCAUUCAAAACAGCUUCCGGCAAACUUUCGGGAGUGGGUGCAGUGACAGACAGUAUUUGACGACAGUCAUCCCUUAUGAGAAAAAGGGACACCCUCCUUCGAUUGAGGACCUCCAGGUCCUGACCAAGAUUCUACAAGCUAUGAGAGAUGACAGUGACAAGGUGCCCAGUCUCUUAACAGACUACAUUCUCAAAGCUCUGGUGUGAGCCAUGGAUGGAGAGUGCUUUGCCCAACGUAGACCAGAGGGAUGGUGCCUAAUACUCUGCAGAGGCUAAAGAUAGUUUACCGUGGCAGCAAGAUGAAGAGGACUCAUUGUAUGCUUUUUUUCAAACAUGAAGCACAUUUAAUUUAUUCCUGCAUGUUUUUACCUCAAGAUGUGUCUUUUUUCUGUGAUAUGUUCAUCAUUUUGUUGUAUUUAUUUCUUGUCGAGUGUUGUGGUUUUGCAAACCUUGUGUGUUCCUGUGAUUUUUUUAUUACUUCUUUUUCAGUGUUUUCAGUUUUCUUGCACUGUGAAAAAAAAUUCUAAAAUGAUUAAUUAUAUUAGAAAAAUACCCAGAUUGGUAUAGCAUCAUAGAAGCUGCACUGUUUGGAAAAUAUUGAGCUUUGCUGUUUCCUUCGUUAGAAGUAAGAGCAAAGCUGCGAUGCAAAGGGCUCUGUAUUUAUCUCAAGUGCUUCUUAUCCACUGAGCAAUGAACAAAUGCACAGAGUGCGUUGAACACAGAAGUUGGAGUAAAGGAGAAUUUUUAAAACAAGACUGUAAAACUGAAGAGUAAAAUAAUAUAACACUUUAUUUUUCCCCAGGGGGAAAAUAAGUAUUCCAGUGGUGAACAGGAACAGGAACAGGAUUCAGACAAAUAGAAAAAUAUAGAUUAAUAACAAAUAAAUUACUUGCAUAAACAUAACAUACUGCAUGUGCACAACCAUCAUAUAAUUCAACCCAGCCUUCCAUGUACCUGCAGACCGUGUGCUGUUUAGUCUCCUCCUGUGUUGUCACCUCAGCAAUAGGCCACAUAAAUGCAUCAUUAUUAUUCUAUGGAAGAUGGAGCACUGACAGCCAAGGUGAUGUACUCUGGACUCAAAUUAACCAAUUAACUAACUAACUAUGCAUCUGAGCGAGUAUGAAUAUUGAAUUGUGACCCAAGCACUGUCUGUACGUUUGUGCUGCCGACAAGCUCUGAAUCAGAAGCUCGAGCGUCAGCGUACACCAUGACUGGGCAUUGUUAUUCUGUAUGUAUUUACAAGCUGCCUUUGCCUUUGCCUGAACUUUUGUACAUUAUAAAUGACUUAUUUUCAGUGAAUGUCACAUUACCGUUCUACUUACAGAACUGGCUUCAUUGUUAAUUAAUUUUGUAAAUACUUUUAUUUCAAAUACACUGAUAA